AUGGUAUUCAAACUUGUCCACAAUAAACAAUAUAUAUCGGUCGAAGAGGAAACAGCUCGUCGAGUUAUCUGGGAGACAAAUCUUGCUAUGAUUCGCAAGCACAAUCUUGAGGCUGAUAUGGGUAUGCAUACGUACACCAUGAAGAUGAACAAAUUUGGCGACUUGACAAACGCAGAAAUCAAUAAAAGAAUGAAUGGACUAAAGAUGAAUUUGAAACCUGAGAACGAUAAGGUCGAUCGUCACACAUUCACAGCACCAUCCAGCUUUGUCUUGCGGGCCGCUAUCGAUUGGCGCACACACGGCUAUGUUACACCCGUAAAAGACCAAGGGCAUUGUGGCUCAUGCUGGUCUUUCUCAACUACUGGAUCACUCGAAGACACCGAGAUGAGCUAUCCGUAUGAAGCUCGUAAUGGCAGCUGUCGUUUCAAUUCCACAAAUAUUGGUGCUACUGAUACUGGCUUUGUUCAAAUCAGGAUGUUUAAUGAGACCGAUCUGCAAGCAGCCAUUGCUACUGUUGGACCCAUUUCAGUAUCCAUUGAUGAUUCACAAAGUUCGUUUCAUUUCUACUCAUCAGGAGUAUACGAUGAACCUCACUGUUCACCAAUUCGUCUCCACCAUGCUGUAUUGGCUGUCGGCUAUGAUAGCACGGACACACAAGAGUAUUAUAUUGUCAAAAAUUCGUGGGGCACGUCUUGGGGUAAUGAAGGUUACAUUUGGAUGAGUCGUAACAAGAAGAAUCAAUGUGGUAUUGCCACCAUGGCAAGCUAUCCACUUGUCUAG